AUGAGUCCACUACCAAAUUCCGACAACAGUAGUAGUAGUAGCGCCAAAACUUGGUACUGUUCGCCCAGAGACUGUGUCCUUAGGGUUUUUCGGUGUACAACAGCAGCAGAAAAAGAAGAAGUUCAAACUGGUAAUAGUGAUCGCCAUACUGCCAAGUACUAUCAUAUCCUCCAUAACCUACAUGAAGGUUGCCUUCCACCCUCAUCGACUUCAGAACUGGUCUAUGCAGAAGAAAUGCCUUCGGCUUCAGAACUGGUCUAUGCAGGAGUCAAGUUUGUUCCUGAUGCCGGAAACGAUCUGUUCAAGUUCAAGUUCAGGGAACCUAAAGGCCUAUUUUGGUGGUGUCGUUGGGCUCGUUUCAAAAUCCAACCACUCGUAAUAUGCGACGAAACGGAGUCAUACCUCAGGAACCUCAUUGCCUUUGAACAGUUCUGCCCUGGCGUUUCGCAGCACGUUUCGUCCUAUGCGGACAUCAUGGACAUGCUCGUGAAGUCUGAUAACGAUAUCCAAGUGCUCGAAAAGGCCGGAGUCCUGACGAACCGCUUGGGUCCCACCGGGGACGCCACCGAUCUAUUGAACAAGCUAUGCAAGGAAAUCACAGUAGGCGAAUACUUCCGUGACACGUGCAGCAAAGCCACGAAGUAUAGCAAGCGUUUUUGGCCGAAGAAUAUGGCACACGUGAGACGCACGUAUUUUGAUUCUCCAUGGACGUUCAUAGCUUUCUUUGUCGGCUUCAUUGCUUUUGUCAUAACCUUGGUUGGAUUCGCCCGCAGUUUCGCUACACAUUCUUUGUUUGAUGGACUAGUGAGUUGUAUGACAGGUUUUGGGUUCUGUGUGAAAGGGUUCACAGUGUUUGUGAGUGAUCACUGCUGA